AUAGACCUAAUAUAUUGAUAUUAUGGUCUAACCUAAUAUAUCGUGGAGACAAUUAUAACAGUUGUAAAUUGUAAUAGUAUAUUUUAGUCGAGGAAAAAAAGAAAAGCUUCAUGCUAUCGUGCACAGUAGAGAUAAUACAAAACAAACAGUUCUCGAUUUGUACUUGUACAUAUUUAUUUUCAAAAUUGAGAAUUUAUGAAGUAAGAAAUGGAAACAUACUCAAAAAUUUUCCUACAUGAAAACAAUCAUCACAGAGUAAAGAUGGAAGUGAGAGAAGACGAUGAUAGCUAUGAAAAAGGAAACUCAUUUGACUUGGAUUAUCAGUACACGACUGAUGGGAAGGAUAUUGAGGAUAAGAAGACUGAAAUCAUGGACAUUGAUCAGCAUUACACUUAUGAGAAUGAAAUAAUAUCGACUUAUAAAUAUGAAACAGGCGAAUUUGCUUUCAACCAGAAAAACAAUAACGAAGGGUAUAUAGAUGCUGUCCGUUUGAAUAAAAGAGAACAUAAAUGUCACUUAUGUGAGUAUGCUGCAAGCAAAAAACAAAUCCUUCAAAAUCAUAUAGAUGCUGUCCAUUUGAAUAAAAGAGAACAUAAAUGUCACUUAUGUGAUUAUGCAGCCAACUGGAAAGUUCAACUCAAAAUUCAUAUUGAUUCUGUCCAUUUGAAUAAAAGAGAACAUAAAUGUCCCUUAUGUGAGUAUGCUGCAAGCCGGAAAGAAAUCCUUCAAAAUCAUAUAGAUGCUGUCCAUUUGAAUAAAAGAGAACAUAAAUGUCACUUAUGUGAUUAUGCAGCCAACUGGAAAGUUCAACUCAGAAUUCAUAUUGAUUCUGUCCAUUUGAAUAAAAGAGAACAUAAAUGUCCCUUAUGUGAGUAUGCUGCAAGCCGGAAAGAAAUCCUUCAAAUUCAUAUAGAUGCUGUCCAUUUGAAUAAAAGAGAACUUAAAUGUCACUUAUGUGAGUAUGCUGCAAGCAAGAAACAAAUCCUUCAAAAUCAUAUAGAUGCUGUCCAUUUGAAUAAAAGAGAACAUAAAUGUCACUUAUGUGAGUAUGCUGCAAGCCGGAAAGAAAUCCUUCAAAUUCAUAUUGAUGCUGUCCAUUUGAAUAAAAAAAAACAUAAAUGUCACUUAUGUGAGUAUGCUGCAAGCAAGAAAAAAGCCCUUCAAGAUCAUAUAGAUCUUGUCCAUUUGAAUAAAAGAGAACAUAAAUGUCACUUAUGUGAGUAUGCUACAAGCAAAAAAGAAACCCUUCAAGAUCAUAUAGAUGCUGUCCAUUUGAAUAAAAGAGAACAUAAAUGUCACUUAUGUGAGUAUGCUGCAAGCAAGAAAAAAACCCUUCAAAAUCAUAUAGAUGCUGUCCAUUUGAAUAAAAGAGAACAUAAAUGUCACUUAUGUGAGUUUGCAGCCAACUUUAAAGUUAAUCUCAAAAGGCAUAUAGAUUCUGUCCAUUUGAACAUAAAAGGAUUUGAAUGUCACUUAUGUGAGUAUGCUGCAAGCAGGAAAAAAAUCCUUCAAAAUCAUAUAGAUGCUGUCCAUUUGAAUAAAAGUGAACAUAAAUGUCACUAAUGUCAGUAUGCUGCAAACAGGAAAAAAAUCCUUCAAAAUCAUAUAGAUGCUGUCCAUUUGAAUAAAAGAGAACUUAAAUGUCACUUAUUCCAUUUGAAUAAAAGAGAAUAUAAAUGUCACUUAUGUGAGUAUGCUGCAAGCAAGAAA